AUGUUUGUGUUCUUUUGUGUCGUCUGUUGUGUUAUCGUUUUAUUAUUGUAUUUUGUUCAUGAUGGCUCAAAAAGUUCGUUACGUUCAAAUACACGUGCGCGCGGUUACUCACACAAGCCGCUGGCAUCUGUUUCCUCUGUUAAUCUAUAUAAACAAGCAGAACCAAAGGUCUCUUGUUCCAACCUGACAGAACAAUUAUGGACAGAAACAUUUUCCUACGAAACAUACUUGUCCUAUAUUCUUGCUUGGAAGCCAACUUGGCUUGACGAGCCCAGUUUGGCACCGGGUGUUUUGUAUAAAGACUAUUGCGUGGGUAAUCGCUUGCCGAUUCAAGUAAAAACAAAAUACACCUCAUUUAGUGAUUAUGAAUUAGCACAUUUACCUUGGCUGCUCGAAGAAACAUGGGAAACUAUAAAACGAGAUGAUCAACAACAUUUCGAAGAAAAAAAUUAUCAAUCAUCAGGGGUGUUUGAUCUGUGCUUAUGCACCGAAGAAAAGCAGCCAAGACUUGGCUUGAUGAUGUUACGCUGCCAAAUUCUUGUUGAUAAAGACAAUCAGACGCUGCCAAAAUUCGAUGAUCUUCUUCUUGUCACGACUUCUCGAAAUCAACAACUUUUUGGUUUACAACGAGAGAAAAAAGUAAUUUUCAAUCAUCAUAUAAUUCAUGAGACCUUGGUUACUGAUGCACACUUGUACACUAAGCCAGCAAAAGUCAUUUGUAGCGAAUUAUCAAUUUACAUAUCUUUAAAAUACGCAUCGUUCAUCACUGGCUCGAACGUGCAAGUGCAAGUGAUCACGUCGCUUAUUUCCAAUCUGCGCCGUUUUCGAACAUUGGCUUCACUUCACUCGUUCCCGAUUGUCUCAGACCUUCUAUCUCCAGGAGUCAAUGAUAAUCUUUUCUCAUUGAACUCGUCGCAUGUGCAGCAGCCCGAUGUAAUGAGCGGUGAAGCAAAAAAUGAAAUGCAGGAUCGUGUGAUCAAUGAAGCUGUUUCCAUUGUAUGCCAAUCAAAUAGAUAUCGACCUCGAGUCUAUAUUGUUCAGGGGCCACCAGGAACAGAGAUCUAUUCGUCGAAGCAAGCAAGCUACAGAGAACUGCGUGAAUUGGAACAAGGUAAACUUGCAGAAGCCGACGUAGUUUUCUCGACGCUCAACUACGUCGGAAAUUCAAUUUUUGACUCCUUUGGUUCCGACACCAAUCAGUCUCCAUGGUUCGACUGUUUGAUCGUCGAUGAAGCUGGUCAAUGUCUCGAGAUUGAUACGUUUAUUCCAUUACGCUUAAGGAUUCCUUGUAUGCUACUUUUUGGCGAUCCUGAACAAUUUCCACCAACUGUUCUAUCACAAAGGGCACAAAAUGCCAAUUUCGGUCAAUCACUUCUUGCACGCCUCUAUUCAUUGUUCAAAUCGACUGAUCUUAUUCGCAUGCUAAACAUUGUAAGCGAUGCCAAAAAUCACGAGAACCUCAUGCUAGUCGAAUCACUAUGUUUAAACGAAUUUAGAAAGAUAAAAAUCAUUGCCUGA